CUUGUGGUCAUGUUCUAUAUUGUGGGUGUCCUGUUAUGACAUGAACUCUGUCUCUCACCCUGGCUGGUGUCAGACUGUAUAAUUGGGGCGGGAGCGCGCCUGUGAACGCGCGCCCCGCAGAGCGUCCUUUUGGUUUCCAUGGAGACGGCGGACAGCAACAGAGCGCGGAGGGAGAGGUGUCCGACGGCGACUCGGGUUCUCAUCAUCAGGAUUUCACCUUUAACUUCCCAGCGACGGGUUCCGGGCCUCUAACGGGAGCUGGUUUCUGGCAGAGUCUCCGUUUUGGUAGUUUGCAGCGCUGCAGCUGAAUGACCCUGGAGGUUUCAUCCUGACAGAUGGAGAGCAGCUCUCACACAUUGCCACCCUCGUCCCUGUGUCCUCUGCCGGUCUCCUCCUCGCCCCAGCAGACGUCCUCAAACGGUUGGGUUUCUCUCCCACUGUCACCUAUUUCCUUCCCCCCGUCCCCUACAUCACUUUCUCCAGCUACAGCAGAGUCCAUUCACUCCUCCUCCCCUCUUUCACACUGCGCUGCGUCCCAUUGCCUCGAAGGACAAAGCGUACAAUGCCUGAGCCCGGAAAACAUAUCUGACCAAGAUGACCUGACCUGUCUCAGCUGGCUGCACCAGAGAGGGAACCUGCUGCCGCUGCAGCCUCUUGCCAAAAUGACACCGCUGGCCCAGCAGGAGUCCUACACACCCAGCCAGCCACCUCCUCCUGCCUCAUCCAAGCCGCCGUACUCCUUCAGCAGUCUGAUUUUCAUGGCAAUAGAAGAUUCCCCAAACAAGAGUCUUCCAGUGAAGGAUAUCUACGAAUGGAUUGUGAACAAUUUCCCCUAUUACAGAACGGCCACUGGAGGCUGGAGGAACUCUGUUAGACAUAACCUCUCUCUGAGCAAGAGCUUCCGUCGCAUUCAGAGGGACAAGAGCCAGUCUGUGGGGAAGGGAUCGCUGUGGUGUGUGUGUCCAGAGUACCGGCCGACGCUCCUCGAGGUGCUGAGGAAGACCCACAGUUAUCACAGCACCAACAGCAACCUGAUAAACAAGCCUGAGCUGUUGGAAGGAGCUGACUAUGAGGUGCCCACAGUUUGUGAUUCAAUGGAAAUCUCAGAUCCUCUUGCUCACACCCUGCUCCUCUCUGCACCCUCACCCCAAAUCCUCACCACCGACAACCCAACCUUCGCUGAGAACCCCCCGUGCCUUUUGACCCCGGAUCAUGAGGAGCUGGUCACCAUAGAGUCGGUUGACUACCAACAGGAGGAGGUUUGUGAAAACAUGGAGAAGGACCCCCUGUCAGACAGCGGCUACAUCGAGUUACACUAUUACCAGUCUAACCAGUACCAGUACCUGGUGCUGCCGGGCGACACCGAGCUGGACCUGGAGACUGUGGAGAUCCUGCAGCUGGACGCCGAGGCCCAGGAGGCUGCUGGAUCACUGCUGGACCUGGCAGGUGGUGGAUAUUAAUUCAUAUUUAAUAGUCGCAGAUAAAUGCAAUGCUCGGUCCGCUGCAGUCAAAUACGACUUGGGAUUUAUGUUGGUUCUUCCUGAGAUGCUGUCACUGCCCUGAAACUUGUGUAUUGUUCUGUAGUUUGAUAACGAUUUAGAUCAGCUUGACUUAAGGACUAAUUUAAGACUAUGGAUCAUAUUACUUCAUGCGUAUUCAGGCACUUUUCAAUGCAUUUAGAACCAUAUCAAACUGAAAAACGUGGACAAAAUUAUAUUUAAAACUGAGGCGAAAGUAUUAAUACAAUAAAUUUUCUGGGUUACCACUGUGAUUCUUUUUUUUUUUAACAGAUUAAGUGAAUUCUCAGGGGUGGCAGGAGUGCUUCCAGCUCAAGUAGAGGUACUGUUUUUUGAAGAUGCUUCCCAAGUUAAAGUUUGAUCUAUACACUGUUGAAAGUUGUUCAGAAGUUGCUCUUUUGAGGAAUACAAAGCACACUGACUCACAUCCACACUGUCACCUUUUAAAUAUGUGUUAUAAUCCUCCUCCAGUUCUUCAGCGUGGUGAGCGUCUUUUAUGAAUAAGAACAUUUUGUAGAUUUAAUGUAGAAAAAAAGUAUAUUCACAUAAUUUUCCCUUUAACACUGUUACUAUAAGCUUUUAUGGAAAUAUCGUCAUUCUAAACAUAGUUGAGUAUGACACCCAUUUAAAAAAUAUUUAUAAUGUAGUAGCACUUGUAGAAGGUACUCAGAACAAUAUAAUUAUUGCUGAUUAUGCUUCCAUUUUUUUUCUUUGAAAAAAUUACAAAUAAUAAUAACAUUCACUGUGAAAUGCCACUAUUGAAUAUCUGUAUGCUCUGUAGAAAAGACCUCUCUGUCCUAAAUGCUGUUCCUUUCAAGUUGUAUGCUGAACUGUUUCUAAUAGAGGGUUAGACCUGCAGAUUCUUGGAACUGAUAUUCGACAUUUUUCCAAAAAUCAGGAUGAUUAUUUUUAUUUUACUUUGAUUAAUUUAGAAAUGCACUACUUUGGCUCUAAUGCAGCUGUCUCUCUCUACUUGUAUUAACCCUCUAUGGUCUCAAGCAAUGUCUUGCCCACAGCACUAUCUGACAAGUAAUACACUACAAGAAAUAGAAUAACUAUUGAGAAGUUUCUGUUAUUAAAUAUAUGUAAAACACACAUAAACAAAAACAUUUCACUAAAGUCUUGUGUUGGAAUUUGUCUUAGUCUAAAUUUUGAUGUCAUUUAGAUUUUUUACACAAAGAUAUAUUGCUUCCAGGUAUCAAUUAUCGGUCUGUGCGAUUACUAAUGAUCUGUAUCAGUGCAGAAAAAAAUACCUACUUUUUAAAGCCCUUUAGAAAAAUCUUUACUUUUGGUUGAAAUAGGCUCUUUAGUCCUUCUGCACAGCAGUAGCUUUGAUUCAUUUUUGCCUACUCUUUUAGCUGAGUAACCCAGGAAGUUUCUUUCUAAGAGACAGAUAGAGAAUAGAUGUUUUUACUGCCUUUUAUAUUCCUCAUUCUUUUACAUUGUAUUUGCUGGAGAUGAUUUUCUGUAUAUGAUGCUACGUCGUUGAAUCCCCGAAUGUCUCUAUUUUUUUGUGGAUUUAAAUCUGUGCAUAUGAUCUUGUAAACUAAGCUGUCUUCAACCAGGAAUGGUUUGAUUGGAAUCAUUUUGAUAAAUCACUGCCAUUUGACCCACUUUGCAUUUCAGGGUACACCAAAUUCCUGUUUGUCAAUUGUAUGUAUUUUCAAAAGUUUCAGGUUUUGUUAUCUAACAAAUAAACUCUGUGAUGCUGUUCUUGUGAA